UUACAAUUACCGCCUGCCAUGGCCCGCCACUUGGGCGGCACCUGGCCUUCACCUCAAUCACCCGCCCACCGCGUGCGUCUUCACCCGUACCUCUCUACCUCCUAGGCUCUCUCGUAAGGUAAGGAAGGGGAAUGCGAGACGACCUGCAACGUGCCGACCUCAAUGAACAAACACCUCCAGGCUGCCCCUGGUUCUCGGUGCCGUCAGGACCUUCCUUACCUCUCCCGCACCCGUCCAACCCAGCCAGGUUCGUCGGCCUCGUCGUCUCCAAUCCACCGUUAUCCAGGGCCUUUCUGCCUACAUCAGGUACCUUGAUACUUCGUGUACCUGCCUUCGUACCUACCUUAGGUACCGUUAGCAGGGUCGCCUUUUCGUUGAUAAUUGAGUUGCCUCGCCCGUCUGCCCUGGGUAUGGAUGGAUCCCAUCCCCGUCCCGUCACGCAGUCGCUCGCACCCAACUUCCCCCAACGCCCGCCGCCUGCAUUCGCCAGCCGACCGGGCCUGAAUCUUGCGUCCUGACUCCUGCAUCUGCGCCUCGUCUCUUCCUCCCUGCGUCGCCGACAGUCGGAGGUAAACAGCACAAAACGCAGACGACGACUACAACGCAGCAGCAGCAGCAGCAGCAGCCACCAGCAGUAGCCCGCGCCCGUCUGCCCACCCUCCGGGCACUGACUUAGUAACUACUGACUGACACGAGCCACCCCGUCCGUCUCAUCCACUGGCCGCCCCCCCCCCCCUCCCCUGUUGCCCUCUCCCCAUCUCAGUGUCCCUCAGGGCCCUGCACGGCAAAUCUCCCAGUCCCGGACCCGGCCUCAUCAACUCUGGUCGUUUCCCCUUCGACUUUGCCUCUAGCUGGCCCCGUUUCCCUUCGAGCACUAAAUUUCCUUCCUUGGCUGGAGCGACUGCGUCGUCCACCAAGUAAAUUGCCUACCGUCCUUUCUCACUGCACGCCAGCAUCGUCAUUAUCCUCCACCUCCACCUCAUCCCGCGCCCGUCUUCGCACGACUUGCCACCCUCCGCCGUCCCUCCGCUCACGCCGCUCCGCCUCUCGUGUCGAGUCCAUUCCGCUCGACGGCCAUCCGUGGCCUCAGGUUCUUGACUCGCUGCGCAAUUGCGCUGCGUCCGUCGCCGAGGAUCACUCGUCCGGAUUCGACCUCCUGCCCGGGCCUCCAGCCCCUCUCGCACCGUCAGCGACGUCGUGGAACUCCAGCGUGCUGCCUCUAGACCACCCCCGUACGCCGUUCACGCACCCCGCGAGCGCCUCCCGGCUUGGGACACGAUAGGGAACGGAUUGCACUCCCGGCGCCUUCUGUAAAAAGCGAAGCACCCCGCCAACCCACCCGGCUCGUCGACCAGCAUGCUUCUUGGCCUCUGUCCGCGAUAAACUCCCCCCAUUUCGCCCAGCGACUCUUGCCGUCGGUAUCAUGGGCAACGGCCAAGGAAAGCCCGUCGACCUCACUGGUGAAGUAAACCUCAAUCACUUCCGCCUCUUGAGAGUCGUCGGUCGCGGGGCUUUUGGCAAAGUACGCAUUGUCGAGCGCAAGGACACCAACUUGUCCUUCGCGCUCAAGUACAUCCGCAAAGAUGAAGUCGUCAAAUCCGAGAGCGUGCGCAACAUCAUCCGCGAACGACGGAUGCUUGAGCACGUAAAUCACCCUUUCAUUUGCAACUUGCGGUACAGUUUCCAGGAUAUCGAGUACAUGUACCUGGUGGUUGAUCUCAUGAGUGGCGGCGAUCUCCGAUUCCACAUAUCGAGGAAGACCUUCACAGAAGAGGCUGUGCGCUUCUGGAUCGCCGAGCUCGGCUGCGCCUUGCGGUACAUUCACGGUCAAGGCAUCAUUCAUCGCGAUGUCAAGCCCGACAAUGUUCUGCUCGACGCAGACGGUCAUGUCCACUUGACGGACUUUAAUGUCGCAUCCGAUAUUAUCCCGGGCAGGAUUCUUACCAGCAAGUCCGGCACCUUGGCAUACCUGGCUCCGGAAGUGUACUCAGGGAAAGGAUAUGAUGUCCGAGCAGACUGGUGGUCUCUCGGCGUCCUGUUCUACGAGUGUAUUUACAACAAGCGUCCAUUCGACGGCAACAGCGAGUCAACGUUGAGCCAGCAGAUCUUGACGACGUUCCCCAAGUACCCGGUCACGCAACCCCCAGUCUCGCUGACUUGCCUAUACGCCAUCCGCGCCGCCCUAGACCCCAAUCCGCAGACCCGACUGGGAUCUACGUGGGAAAGUUUCAUCUACAAUGACUUCUUCAAGGAAUUCGACUUCGAUCUGUUGGAGCAAAAACGUUUCGAGCCGAUCUUCGUCCCCUCGUCUGAUAAGACCAAUUUUGAUGCGACUUACGACCUGGAAGAACUAUUGCUGGAGGAAGCUCCCCUUGAGGCUCGCGCUCGGAGACAAAAACCUCGCGAGCGCUUAAAAGAGGAUGCGACAGAUCAGGAAAUUCGAGAGGACGAGCUAUAUCGGAUGAUUGAGAAGGACUUCCGGCCAUUCGAUUACACUGUUGCCGCGUACAAAAAGAUCACGGAGGCUACUCAAGGCCUCACGCCGAGCCCUGGUCAGACUGAUACCGUCAACAAUGGACCACAGGCGCUAACAACCGACACGGCAACCCCUAUACCCGCGAGGAGCGACGGGAACCAGACCUUCCAGUCCCCGCCGUUGGAUCGCGGCUCCAACAUCGACAGCAGCAACAAGAGCCGACCGUCCAGGCCUGCCCCGCCGCCCCCGCAGUAUCAGAGCCAGUAUCUGUCGCGCCAGCUGCCACCUACCAGCAACCGCAUUACGAGCCCAACAGGCGGCGUCCAGGUAACUCUGGAUGGCGGCGGCAGCUGGUCAGAGCUAGCACGUCAGGAUGCCACUCUACCAACCGACGCUGCCACUGCGGCUGAUCCCAAGAACGAAGGCUCUGGGGGCAUGUUUGGAUUCUUGAAGAGCAAAAAGGGGCGCAACAACAGUCCGAAACCCAAAGAGCGGGGCGUUCUCGGCAAGGAGGGUGCGAGAGUCGUCAUCAGCUAGCGGACCUGGGACAGGAGGACCAUCAGCACGGUCUGUCGCUGGAUGUAGAAAGCACCGAAAUCAACCAGGCUGGGCAGCCACGAGAAUGAGCUGGAGUGACGGAUUUUCAACAACAUUGGUAAUGAGAGCAUAGCCGCGACGACUGGGAUAUCAUCGCGAGACACAGGGACACCGGCCCAAGCGGUGUGUGUAUAUGAAGACGGAGGCGACGGCCAUACCAUACUCGGCACCGCACGCCCGAGCUGCACCUGCUUGUCGCAGAUGUGGGACAAAGUUUGCAUUUUGGAUAUGGCGCCACUGCAUAUAGUAUCUUUUACUGCUGCCGGGCAUAUAGGGCACGAGCAGCCAUCACGGCCAGCGAAUGGACACAUUGGGUUUGAUAAGUGCA